AUGAACUUAUUUCCAAGUGGAAUAUGUGUUUAUUUGUCUGUAGCAAUGUGCUGGCUGGUGGCCGAGGUCGAUGCGUCCUGGUGGUACAUGGGCACCCUGGGCUCUCAGGUGAUGUGCGACAAUAUCCCCGGCCUCGUGAACAAGCAGCGCCAGCUGUGUCGCCAGCACCCAAAAGUGAUGCAGGCCAUCGGGGCCGGGAUGAAAGACUGGAUCUCGGAGUGCCAGCACCAGUUCCGCAACCACCGCUGGAACUGCAACACCACGGCGAGGGAACACAGCCUGCUCGGACGCCUGCUUCUCCGCAGUAGCCGCGAGGUGGCCUUCAUGUACGCCAUCUCCUCAGCCGGUGUGGUUUACACGUUGGCACGAGCGUGCAGCCAGGGCGAUUUGGACUCCUGCUCCUGCGACCCCACAAAGAAGGGCUCAUCCAUGGACGCCAAGGGCUCCUUUGACUGGGGCGGCUGCAGCGAUCACGUGGAGCACGCCAUGCGCUUCAGUCAGGCGUUUGUGGACGCCAAGGAGAGGAAGGAGAAGGACGCCCGGGCGCUCAUGAACUUGCACAACAACAGAGCCGGCCGAAAGGCCGUGAAGCGCUUCAUGACCCUGGAGUGUAAAUGUCAUGGUGUCAGCGGGUCCUGCAGCGUUCGGACCUGCUGGUUGGCAAUGGCCGACUUCAGGCAAACCGGCGACCAUCUUCGCAAGAGGUACAACGGCGCCGUGCAGGUGGCGGUUAACCAAUACGGCACUGGAUUUACUGCCGCGCACACACACUUCAAGCGACCCAGCAAGAACGACCUGGUGUACUUUGAGGACUCGCCAGACUACUGCAUACGGGACAACGAGUCAGGGUCCAUGGGGACGGCAGGGCGCGUCUGUAACCGGACGUCUCGCGGCGUGGACGGCUGUGAGGUCAUGUGCUGCGGGCGAGGCUACGACACCUCGCGGGUCAGCCGGACCACCAAGUGCGAGUGCAAGUUCCACUGGUGCUGCGCCGUGCACUGCCGCGACUGCCACCAGCAGGUCGACGUGCACACCUGUAAGGGCCAGACGUGA